UCCACGUUGACUACUUUGGGGGAAGGAGGGGAGAGCAUUGACAGGAAGGGGGGGAGCCAGCGCUGGGCGAAGGAGAAGCCGGAGGAGGAGGCGGAGGAGGUGCCUCGGUCUCUCUUUCAGCCAUCCCAGCUCCAGGCACCAUGUCCCACUGGGGCUCUCUCAGCCACAUCCUCCCCCUAUUCCCAGCCCUGCUCCUCUUGCUGCAGGCCUCGGGAAGGGCCCUGGGCCGGGCCAGCCCGGGUGGGGGGCCCUUAGAAGAUGUGGUCAUUGAGAGGUACCACGUCCCCCGAGUCUGUCCUCGAGAGGUGCAGAUGGGGGACUUCAUCCGCUACCACUACAACGGCACCUUUGAGGAUGGCAAGAAGUUUGAUUCCAGCUAUGAUCGUGGCGUGACAGUAGCAGGCGUGGUGGGUGUGGGUCGGCUCAUCACUGGCAUGGACCGAGGGCUCAUGGGCAUGUGUGUCAAUGAACGCCGCCGCCUCAUCGUGCCUCCCCACCUUGGCUACGGCAGCAUCGGGGUUGCUGGGCUGAUCCCUCCUGACUCCACACUGUACUUUGACGUUGUCCUGUUGGAUGUAUGGAACAAGGAGGACUCAGUGCAGGUGAACACUCUCCUUCGACCACUCAAUUGUCCCCGCAUGGUCCAGGACAGUGACUUUGUCCGCUACCACUACAAUGGCACGCUGCUGGAUGGAACAGCUUUUGAUUCUAGCUACAGCAGGAGUAGCACUUAUGACACCUACGUGGGCUCAGGAUGGCUCAUCAAGGGCAUGGACCAGGGGCUGCUGGGGAUGUGUCCUGGAGAGAAAAGGAAGAUUAUCAUACCCCCCUUCCUGGCGUAUGGAGAGAAGGGCUAUGGAACUGUGAUCCCUCCUCAGGCUUCCCUCGUUUUCCAUGUCCUUCUAAUUGACGUCCACAAUCCCAAGGACAGUGUCCAGCUAGAGACUUUGCUGCUGCCUCCAGGCUGUGGGCGGAAAGCUGUGGCAGGGGAUUUUAUGAGAUACCAUUAUAACGGUUCCCUGAUGGAUGGCACCAUUUUUGACUCCAGCUACUCCAGAAACCACACGUACAAUACUUACAUAGGGCAGGGCUACAUCAUCCCAGGCAUGGACCAAGGUCUGCAAGGAGUAUGCAUCGGAGAGCUCCGACGAAUCACCAUCCCGCCACACCUCGCCUAUGGAGAAAAUGGAGCUGGAGACAAGAUCCCAGGCUCAGCAGUGCUGAUUUUUGAUGUCCACGUCAUCGACUUCCACAACCCUUCCGACACGGUGGAAACUCAGACAAUCUCCAGGCCCAGCGAAGGCUGCAAUGAGACCUCCAAGCUGGGAGAUUUUGUCCGCUAUCACUAUAACUGCUCCUUGCUGGAUGGUACCAAGCUCUUCUCUUCCCAUGACUAUGGAGAGCCCCAGGAAGCCACUUUAGGGGCCAACAAGGUGAUCGAAGGACUGAACACCGGCCUUCAGGGCAUGUGUGUGGGAGAGAGACGACAGCUAAUCAUUCCUCCUCAUCUGGGACAUGGAGAGAACGGAGCCCGAGGUGUCCCUGGCAGUGCUGUGUUACUAUUUGAGGUAGAGCUGGUGUCCCGAGAGGAGGGGCUGCCUGAGGGUUACUUGUUUGUGUGGCACGGGGACCCACCCACUAAGUUGUAUGAAGACAUGGACCUCAACAAGGAUGGAGAGAUCCCACCUGAGGAGUUCUCCACCUUCAUCAAGGCCCAAGUAGCAGAAGGCAAAGGGAAACUCAUGCCCGGGCAGGACCCUGAGAAAACCAUCGGUGACAUGUUCCAGAACCAGGACCGAAAUCAAGAUGGCAAGAUCACUAUGGAGGAGCUCAAAUUAAAGUCAGAUGAAGACCAGGAGAGAGUUCAUGAAGAGCUCUGAGGACUGGAGGAGUAGGGGGCCCAGCCUAGAAGAAUGCAAAAUCCAGCUGGCAGUGGGACAGACCUCUGAUACUAGCCCCUCUUCCUCUCUGCUGGGCAGCUUUGGGCUCAUUUGCCAAGCCGUCUUAAGGUGCUAGCUGCUGCCUGGCCUUCCAGGCAACACCAGAUUUAAACCCAAGGUGCAGGCCUCCAUUUUAUUCCUUCCUUUAGCCUCCCCUUAGAUAAAUUGUUUAAGAGUGAGAUCUACUGGGGCAGCUAAAUGGUACAGUGGAUAGAGCACUGGCCCUGGAUUCAGGAGUACCUGAGUUCAAAUCCAGUCUCAGACACUUAACACUUACUAGCUGUGUGACCUUGGGCAAGUCACUUAAGCCCAAUUGCCUAAAAAAAAAAAAAAGUGAGAUCUACUAGGAAGCAGUUUUUGGGGGGUGGAGGAUAAUUGAGUUUCUCUCCUUUGGCAAAAGUUAAGUAGGGCCAGCACAUACUUCUCUAUCCCCUCACAUGCACCUCACCAACACCAGAUAAAAUGGGCAUCGUAGGGUGUGGGCUCACCUAUUUUAGAUUCUUCAAACCUCUUCUUCAUUUGCUUCCGUCCUUCAAGUGUCUCCCCAAACUCCCUGUCUACAUCUUAGGCUACCAAGGAACAAAAGCAGAAAGCAAUGGGGAGACCCCUUCUGGUCCUCAAGGAAACUGACCUAGUCUGUCUGCCCUUCCACUGGAAAAAAAAAAAAAAGAGGCACUGGGGGAGGGGGCAGGUCCAGCCAGGCUAUCCUACCUCACCUACUUCUGUACCAUCCCCUCAGCCUGGGGCUCAGAGGGGUUAAGAUGGCCCCAACUCUGCCCAUGUUGCAGGACAGGGUUGGAUUCUGUGUGGAUUUGGGUCUGCUACCUUUGUGUGCUUUACCCCCAGGCCUUAGAAUGUGGCUUUUUUCUUAAAAUGAGAAAAGGGAAAGGGAGAAGAAAAAGAAGAAAAAGGGUAAGAGGGCAAAGCAAAAAAACAAAAACUGGAUGGGUGUUGUAACUGUAAAAAAAAAUUAUUCUUGGGAAAUCUGAAAUGUGAGGUCAUCUGGGGUGGGUGAUGUAGAGGGCGAAAUCAAAA